AUUGUUUUUAUUUUUUAUUUUUUAUUAGACCCAAUAUAUUAAAAUUAAACGUAAGUACAAUGGUGAAUCCACUUGUUGCCGUAUGUCAAAUGACUUCAACAUCUAAUAAGGAUAAGAACUUCGAAAUUGUUUGUAACUUAGUAGCGGAGGCUAAGAAACGAAAUGCCUCUGUUGCUUUUUUCCCCGAAGCAUGUGAUUAUUUGGCCGAUAGUACAGCUAAUGCUGUAUCAAUGUCGGAACCAUUGAAUGGUUGUACAAUUCAGCGUUAUAAAGAAUUGGCUAUGAGAGAAAAUAUUUGGCUUUCGUUUGGUGGAAUUCACGAAACUGUGGCAGAUAAGAAAAAAAUUAAUAAUUCUCAUAUUAUGGUAAAUAACGAGGGAAAAUUAGUAGCGGUAUACAGGAAGAUACAUUUAUUUGAUAUGGAUAAUAAAAAAAUAGGUGUUAGGUUGGUAGAAUCCGACUAUGUUGAAAAAGGUUCUGAAAUUAUUGCCCCAGUAUCGACACCAGUUGGAAAAAUAGGCUUAAGCAUUUGUUACGAUCUGCGAUUCCCUGAAUUAUCCUUUUGCCUUCGAAAUAUGGGAGCACAAAUAUUAACAUAUCCUGCAGCUUUUACGUAUCAAACAGGUGCUGCACAUUGGGAAGUUUUAUUGAGAGCGAGGGCAAUCGAAACACAAUGCUAUGUUAUUGCAGCUGCACAAGUAGGAGCGCAUAAUAAAAAGAGAGUUAGUUGGGGUCAUGCUAUGAUAAUUGAUCCAUGGGGCACGAUAGUUGCUCAAUGUACAGAUAAGCAAGGUAUUGCCGUAGCUGAAAUAGACUUAGAUCUAGUCGAUCAAAUAAGAAAGAACAUGCCAAAUGAAGAACAUAGACGAACGGAUUUAUAUCCAAAAAUGAUAUCCCACAGUUAA